CCAACAGAAAUGGAAGUUAACCACCACCUGCACCCUGCGCCUGCAGCAUGUAAAACGAAAAGCUUUACUUUACAAAUAAAAGCAGCAAACUAAUCUUUGUUUUCCCUAUUUUUGUAAAUAUUGACAAAAACUUCUCUCACUUGUAUUAUACAUCCCCUCUCUUUCUUUUCUUCUCUCUCCCCCUCUAUACUUCAUCUGCAACUAGCACAGAGAAAUGAUGAAAAUGAGAGAGAGAGAAUUUUGUAUUCUGUUUGUGAGGAGUUAAGGUUGUAGGAGAGACUGGAAGAGAAAUAGUACAUAUUUGGGGGUUUGUACAAUGCCAGUUCCUCUUGCUCCGUAUCCGACGCCUCCAGCACCAUAUACAUCUCCUCCUGCCAAUGGUUCACAAAGCCAGCUUGUAUGUUCUGGAUGUCGAAACCUUUUACUCUUUCCGGUAGGGGCAACCUCUGUGUGUUGUGCUGUUUGUAAUGUUGUUACGGCUGUUCCACCUCCUGGCACGGAAAUGGCACAGUUGGUUUGUGGUGGCUGCCACACCUUGCUUAUGUACAUUCGAGGAGCGACAAGCGUGCAAUGUUCUUGUUGUCACACUGUCAAUCUAGCUUUGGAAGCAAAUCAGGUGGCACAUGUCAAUUGUGGUAACUGCAGGAUGCUAUUGAUGUACCAAUAUGGAGCGCGAUCUGUGAAAUGUGCAGUUUGCAAUUUUGUUACAUCGAUUGGGGAUGCUGUACGCGGGGGUGCAUAUGGCAGUCGUUAAUGUGGUUUUCUGUACCGAUGCAGGCCUCGACAAGCACCACUGAACAGAAGUUCAACAACUAAAAUUGUUAUAUGCACGCCAGUUGGAUAUUACAGAAGCUACUACCUUGGUUUCGCAAGGCAUCCCUCGGCUAGCAGAGGAAAAUACCAUCUAGUGAGUCACAUGUAUAGAGCCUUUUCCCCUUGCGUGACAUAGUAAUGAAUAAGCAGUUUUGGCAAAUCAGAACUAUGAAGAGGUUAUCUCUGUGAAGACUUUCAGUUUUACUUUGAUCACGGGACGUACUGGUUUAUCCCAGAUACUUUUUCUGCUUUGAAUUGUCAAUUUGUCAAAGCACAGCCACUUGCAUAGCAGUCAAUCUAUUCGAAGUUAUCGAUUAAUUGUGAAUGCAUUGGAUCAGUUUAACUUUAUUUUCUCUUUAAUGGUAUAUAUAUGCUUGCAAGUGCUACUUUCUGCU